CCAGCCGGUCCCGGGGGGCGGCGGCGGCGGGAGCAGCAGCCGCACCAGCACCAGGAGCAACCACCCGGUCGGCCUCCCCUUCUGCCUAGCCCGGCAUGUCCCGGGGCGGCCGACACUGAGCGAGGCGGGUUCGUUCCCCUCCCUCUUCUUCCCCCUCCCCGUUGGCUGUAGCCCCGCCGGGAGGGAGCACCCGUCGGCGCUGCCUGUCUGGCUCCCCUCUCCUCCUUCCCCUCCCCGGGCCGGGAAGAUGGACCCCGGCCCUUCGCUGGCUUGCAGCCUCAAGGACGUGAAGUGGAGCGCUGUGGCCGUCCCCUUGGACCUGCUCGUCAGCACCUACCGCCUCCCCCAGAUCGCCCGGCUGGACAGCGGAGAAACUGUAGAAGGCCUUCGAGAGAGCGAUUAUCUUCUCAUCCAUUCAUGUCGGCAGUGGACAACAAUUACAGCUCACAGUCUGGAGGAGGGUCACUACGUCAUUGGGCCAAAGAUUGAAAUCCCUGUACAUUAUGCAGGGCAGUUUAAGCUGCUGGAACAAGACCGAGAUAUUAAGGAGCCAGUGCAGUAUUUUAACAGUGUGGAGGAGGUGGCUAAAGCAUUUCCUGAACGAGUUUACGUCAUGGAGGAAAUAACAUUCAACGUUAAGGUGGCAUCAGGUGAAUGCAAUGAAGAUACUGAGGUUUACAACAUCACCCUUAAUACUGGGGAUGAGCUCACUUUAAUGGGGCAGGCAGAAAUCCUUUAUGCAAAAUCCUCCAAGGAGAAGUCACGACUGAACACCAUCUUCAAAAAAAUUGGGAAACUUAAUUCAAUUAGUAAGCUAGGCAGAGGCAAAAUGCCCUGCCUCAUCUGCAUGAACCACAGGACCAACGAAAGCAUCAGUCUCCCCUUCCAGUGUAAGGGCAAGUUUAGCAACCGCAGCCCGCUGGAGGUGCAGAUGCAAGAAGGCGAGCACACGAUUCGCAAUAUAGUAGAAAAAACCAGGCUGCCUGUGAAUGUCACUGUGCCGAGCCCUACCCCGAGAAACCCUUACGACCUGCAUUUUAUCCGUGAAGGGCACAGGUACAAGUUUGUCAACAUUCAAACCAAGACUGUGGUGGUGUGUUGCGUGCUUCGUGGCAACAAAAUUAUCCCCAUGCAUUUUCCCUUGCACUUGGCACUUCCAAAAUUUAUUCUACCUGACAGUCUGGUGAAGGGGGAGCUGUGGCACGAAUCCCUCAUCCAGCACUGGUUUAACAUAUGCCAGGAACAGUUUGACAUAGAUGAGUAUUCCCGGGCCGUGCGAGAUGUGAAAACUGACUGGAACGAAGAGUGCAAGAGCCCAAAGAAGAGCCGAUGUGCGGGGCACAGCCACGUCCCCAACUCCCUCAGCUACGCGCGGGACGAGCUCACCCAGUCCUUCCACCGCCUUUCGGUCUGUGUCUAUGGAAACAACUUGCAUGGGAAUAGUGAGGUGAACCUCCAUGGCUGCAGGGACUUGUGUAAUGAGUGGGCCCUGUUUUCUCACGAUGCUCUUCAGUACCAGGAGUCUGGUGACAGUGGCAGCGAUUACCUUUUUCCUGAAGUAAGCGAAGAAUCCAUGUUUCUGCCUACAAAACCAGAGCUUCCUUACGAAGAGCUGUGGUUGGACCAAGGGUCUGGAAAGGCUGGUGACCAGCCUCUCACUCGCUCGCUAAGUGAGAAGAACAAAUGUGACAACUACAGAGGGUCUUUCCGAUCAAAGUGUGGUAACGCAUCUCUUCCCGUGCCUGCGACUGUUGGAGCCACCACGAAGUCUUCAGAUGUUUCCCUACCUCCGCCUCCAGUGCCUCCCAAAUCAGAAGCAGUGAAAGAGGAAUGCAGGCUCCUGAAUGCUCCCCCUGUCCCACCACGGAGUUCCAAGCCUUCCUCCACCAGUCCUUCCAUCCCUCCUCGCACAGUCAAACCUGCCCGGCAGCAGACCCGAUCUCCCAGCCCUACUCUGUCAUACUACUCUUCAGGACUGCACAACAUCAACGUCACAGAAAGUGAUAACACCAACCCAACUGAGAGCCCGCCUGUUUCCUGCUACCCUUGUAACAUGGCGAAAACCGAAUCCAAAGAGCCUGAGAUCACGAUGCCUUUGGGAAGCCCCCCAGCUGAAGCUCUGCCUUCCAGGUUAUCUUGGCCAAACCAUUUUUCAGGAACUGCUGAAGGCCAGAAUAAGAGUGAUUUCCUGCUUGAUCCUAGCAGGAGCUACAGUUACCCCAGACAGAAGACUCCAGGUACGCCAAAGAGAAACUGUCCUGCACCUUUGACUUUUGACUUCGAUGGGUGCGAGCUCCCGACAGGGUGCUCCCCGCUGACCCCAGCAGAGUUCUCAAACACCAUUUCUAGCUGUCCAAAGUCAGCAAGUUACUCUCUAGACUGCACUGAUGAGAAGGCUCUGGGAGACAGCAAUACAAAGCAGAGCCAUUCGUGUCCUGCCUUACCUCCUCGGGCACCGAAGUCAAAUGAAGAGAAAACAGUUACAGACAUGGGCCCCUUGCCGCUGAAAAUAGAUGGUGCUGAGGAGGAGUUGAAAACUGGUUCUCCAGACCUCUUGGAAGAUCAAUAUCUUGUUAAAAAGGGCAUGCAGGAUACUUUCUCUGUGUCUUAUCCCUUCUCGUCUCCCCUUCAUGUCCAGUUAGCACCAAGAUCUUGUGGGGAUGGCUCUCCCUGGCAGCCACCCACGGACCUUUCUGGACUCUCAAUAGAGGAAGUGUCUAAAUCUCUGAGGUUUAUUGGUCUUUCAGAAGAUGUCAUAUCAUUUUUUGUUACAGAGAAGAUUGAUGGCAAUUUACUGGUUCAGCUUACGGAAGAAAUCCUGUCAGAAGACUUUAAGCUAAGCAAAUUGCAGGUUAAGAAAAUACUACAGUUUAUUAAUGGCUGGCGGCCCAAGAUGUGAUGCUGACUGGUUGUUAGUGAAACUGUACAAGAUGUGCUUCAUGCACUUCAGUUAAUACAUCACUUCCUGUUUUUUGCACUAAAAGCCCUUCCUGUAAAUAGUAGUAGAGAAAUUCUUACUAUGCAGAUAAACAUUUUUGAGUGGUGAAUGGAUUUGGGUUUUUUUUUUAUGUCAAUAAUAAAGAUAAAGAAUCGACAGAGGUGUGCCUUGGGCAUCCCUGAAAGUUCAACAGCUGCUAAAAACUGGACACUAAGGGAACUUUAACUCCAUAGUCUGUUAAGACUUAGUCGUAUUUAUUACUGAACAAUUUAAUGCUGAAAGACACACACCAAUACAGUUUACAGUUUUGUGUUAACUGCAAAAAAAGCUAUUUCUUCUGAGAUUAUUUGUGUUCAAGUAAUAUUGGGCAACAUGCUGUGAUUUUCUUCUGUUUCUGUUAACCAAAAGCAUGUUCAGAUAUUCAAAAACAUCAUUUUGACACUACACCUGAAAAUGUUAAGAAUUGCUGUGAAGUGCCACUAAUACACUAUUCUUGCAGCACAUUUUUAUUUAGGCUAUCCUCCUGACUACCUGUAAUGUGGAUACAUUUUCCAUGUUACUCUGAGGAAAAAGAGUUAAAUGUUUUUUUAAAAAAGAGUCUUGCUCAGCUCAUUGCCCAGAGGGGAGGGAGAAGGGGGAUUUUCCUACUGAGCCACUCUGCCCUGGCCAAUUAAAAGUUUAUGACCUGUAGAUUUCAAAAGUUGCUUUUGUAGUCAGAUGUCUGGAGUGUAAGUAGCACGACUUCUGGUCGUGCAGCUUUCUCAUGGGAAAGGCAGUUCAGUGCACAGAUUUUUCUCUUGGCAGACCCUGCCUGCCUCAGUAGCCUGCUAGCACAGACCUUGCAAUAGCCUUGCUCUGGCACAAGGCAGCCCCUUACAUUUCCUCUGCUGCUGUUAUGAUCAGCUGAAAAUGCACUCAGUGUGCUAUCCUAUUCCUGCGAUCGGAUCUGUGUGGGAAGGUGAUAGUAUUCCUGUAGGAUGCCUUUGAAAUAAAGCAUUAGAGAGGUGGGAACAGGAACAGCACAUGGCACAUGGCUGGUAGGAAGGGGCCAAGUGAGGGUUUGGGCCGUGCCUUGGGAAAUGCUUGUAAUGUGUUAAGUUCACCUGUCUGGUUUGCAGUAGUGGGUGUCGAAGUGGGAGGGACUGUGGCAUCCCAAGAUGUGCUAAUUCAGUUGCCCAGCUGGAAAAACUCACACAAAAGUAGCAGUCAAAAUGGAGCACAGAGGUCAGAAGGGGGCAUUAGGCUGCCCUGCAGAGACCUUUUGAAUUUAACUGGUCAGAAGCUUAGAAAUAGGAUUAACUUUUGAUAGUCAGUUUUUGAAUUCUUGUAGUUGGUAGAGCUCUGUAAAAUGUGUCUAAAUAACCCCUGAUUCCCCUGCGUUUGUAGAACUGAUUACAAGGAUUUAGGGAGGUUCCUCGUAAAACAGUCUAUGGUGUCCAUCCCUAGCAAGUGUGUGUACCCAGCAUCCUCAGGUGGUCAGAGGCAGGCAUGCUGGACCAGCUUCACCUUCACCCAAUGCUGAGCAGAGCCUUGGCCAGACCAUCACCUGCCUUUUUUACCUUUUUAAAGUGCAAAAAAUCUCUCUCCCUCCAUUGUAGGGCAUGCAGUGGGAGCAUCAAAAGAACAUACAGAGCAAGGACAAAACUGAGAGGCUGAUUUUGCCUGUUUUCUGAAUCAUAUUGACUCAUCAAAAAUAAUUUGUUUACAAAAGGAGUUUUCUGUUGCCUGGGCAAAUUUUGCUGCAUGUCUCCAUGGUCAACUGAGAUGCAUCAUUUGUCCUUCAAUAAUGCAAACCACCAGUUCCCAACCAGAAAGCAAAGCCCAUCUGAUGUGGGUACUAGAAAGCAGUGAGCAAAAAAGAUCCCAGUAGAAAAAAACCCAAAAGUUCAUAAUCCUACCUUUUUUCUUAAUGUAUUGACUUUUAGCAACAGAUCAAUAGCUUUCUCUGGAUACUUUUUAAUUAGCAUCCUAAAAUAUUUUAAAUCCAAGUAAGGCUAAAUCAAAUUCAAGUACUGUUAGAUGUGUAUGCUUGUUGGUAGGCAGGUGCAGUUGCGAGUCAGUUUCAUUUUAACCCCCAGUAUGUCAAAUAGCUUUCAAAUUUAAAAAGGUCAUUUAAAUGUUGGGUACAUGUCUGUUUUGCUUGGCUUGUUAAUUACAGAAAAAAGAAGUAAAAGAUCUAAAAUAUCUCUCUCUUCCUCUCAAUAAAAAAAGAACCAGGAGAUUACAGGAUUACAGUCUUAGUAAUAUUAACAUUAAAUAUUAGUAAUACCUCCAGGAUAUUAAUAUCCCUAAGAAAAUAGUGUUCUUUUACUGUGGAUGGGCACCUGUGCUGUUACCUCUCCUCACCUGUGUGGAACACUUUUUCUUGGAAGUAGCCUGGUGGAAUUUUCACUUCACAAGUGUGUUGCAUUGGCAUCAUAUAUGCAUAGACCAGAAUUUGGAUGGCCUGUUGAAAGGCCCAGAAAUGUACAAUGAUUCUGAAGGCAGAUCCCGUGUGGAAAGUACAGCUAAAACCUCUUAACUGCAGACUUGCUGUUGUUGUCCUUCCAGUUGUCUUGGUCUGGCUGGGCACUUCCUGCUUAUUUUUAUGCAUAAUAUGGUAGCAUUUAACCUUUUAUUUUGCCCCCAGCAGCUCACCAACAUUUUUUCUCCAAGCCUUUUUUUAGCAGUUUAGGUGUUCCUAGCUUUUGUGUUGUGUGGUUUCUAUGGCUUUGGCAUUGAGGUAACUGCUGUGAUACCCAAGCUGAACUGAAGCAUCUGCUCUGGUGAAAUCAGAAGAAUGAUGAGCAAACCAGGCAGCUGGGGGUGUGGUGGUUUGGCUUCUCCACAGCUGUGUAGGUAGCCAGGCUAUGGCAGUGCUGAUGCCUGUGGGGAUCUAAUUUUUUUGCUUUCCUCUUGAGCUCUGCUGAUGUUGAGUUAGGGGAUCGGUACCAUCCCUGACACGGUAGAAGGCUCUCUGAGCAGCGCAGACUGAUGUGAACACAUCAAUCUGUCAGGAAGUCCCUGGCCAUAAAGGGAUGGUGGCACCUUUGAAAUGAGGGAGGAGCAGAGGAGUCCAUCAGGCCUUAGCAGAGAACCACACAGGAUCCUAUAAAGGAUGGGGUGUAAAACCUGGAGGCUUAAAUCCAUAAAAAGAUACAAAAUGCUGCACUACUUACGGUACUUUGAGGUGGAGGGUUACAUCAAUGUUCCCACUGUGAUUAAGAGGUGUCUGAAAGCUCUGGGGAAUAUUGGUGAGAUAGGAACUUUUGCUACCUGGUGUGAAUAGGAAGAGGAGGAAGCUCUCAGCCUUGGAGACUUGCAGACUGAGCAGUACCAGAACAUGGGCACCCUCUCGUGGGGGUCCCUUGCUGCUGAAGUGUUGAUGGGGGUUCUUGCCUGGUUUGGUGCAGUCCAACCAACCUAUUCAGUGAGUGACCCUGUCAGCUCCCAAGCACAGCCUAGAGGUUCACAAAAUUGGGGGGGGAGGGAGAGGGGGAGGAGGGGGAGCCCAGCCUGGUUUUGGAGAAUAACAAUGUUCAGCUAUGUUGAUGUGAGCUGUGCUGGCUGUUCUUGUGACUGACUUUGUCUACUGAAAGAGAUGUAGCCCUUGGGUUCAGACAACACACCUCGUGUCAGAGUGGGCCUAAAAUCUCUUAUAUUUGGAGGCCAGUCCUAACCUGGGACUUCUUUGCUCAGAUUAAAGAUAUCUAAGGCCUCUGGUGCUUAUUUAGUUGUAGGUUUUCCUCGGGGAUUUUGUUUGUCUGGGGGUUUUGAUAGCAAAAAAAUCUGACAUGUCAUUCUAUAUAGAGCUGUCCUGCAGCAGGAAAUACAUCCUUUCUAUGCAACAGUCACAUGGCAGCACAAGGACUGAUGCUGUCUUCAGUGGCAAAAGCUGGAUUCUGGCAUGGGGUCUUUUCUGGAGGUGGACACAGAAUUGGCAAGGGGACGGGUGGGGAGGAAACUUGAGGGAAAAUACUGGUUUCCAUUCAACAAUCAUUGUGCCUAGGAUUAAGAUCCUUCGUAUUGCUGCCUGGCUGGCUAACCAAAGCUGUAUUGAAAUCAACUCAAAGUGCAUAUUUGUGUUCUUGCCAUAUUGUAAAAAUUGCCUAAGGCUGGAAGCUUAGAGGCAAGAAACAUUUGGUCUAUCCAGCAUUAGGAAGAAAAUGUAUUUUGAAGUGUUUGUUGCAUCUAGAAGCAAGGGUUUGAAGUAACUGUGCAUUACAGUUUUUUUCCAAUACAGCAGUUUCACUUGCCACUUUAAUUGACUUCCUUCCACAACAACAGCUUCAAGAGAAACAGCGAUGCUAUCUCAAAACCCACCUUGUUUUAAAUCUCUCUACAAAUACUUGCAGUGUUUUCUCCUAUGAUUUCUUCUUGAAUCAACUUCUUUGUAUUCUCCAUGCUAAAUCAAGUGUGCUGACAACAGCUCCUUGGUAGCUGCUUGCCUGCAAGGCCAGGUCAGCCAAGUCCUCCCUGCAGACCAGGCAGGGGGUAUCCCACAUGCCAUGCUACUUAAAAGCUGAACACCAGCCAUAUGGAAAAAGACCAGGGCUUAGCCCAGGUCUCCUGGCUCCUCUUUUUGAUGUUUUGAAAUUGCAGCAUUUCCACAUAGGAGCUGGAAGGUACAAGUGAAAUCCUAAUGGAAUUUAGGGAUCAUCCUUUUUUCCUCGCUGUGUUAGGGCCAGGAUGGUACUGGGAAAACACAGGCCCCUUGUUGAGACAUAGCAAUAAGUGACUCUUCAUGUGUUCUGUCUUAAACUCCUAAUAGUCUAGGAGUUGCUCAGAUUGUACCAUUUCUGUGCUCAAUAACCAAAUUCUCAGCGUGAAAAUCUGCAGAGUGAUUCUCUUGACUUGGACAGUCUUCUGAAUUAUACUAAAAAUAUCUGUUAGUUCUUAGCUCUUUAGGUUCACUUUGAGUAGGUCAAAAAAGUAACACUUGGGAAAAAAAAAAGGGAAAGCCCCAAAACUUUUGCUUAGUACAUUUCCGUUAUACAACGAAGCAUGGUUUUUGUGGAAUUCUGUGCUGUUUUGGGCUUUUGUGUAAAAGGCUGAAGGCAGAUUAUUAUUUAAACCAGGUGCAAAUAAAUAUCCCUGUAAUGUAUAUGAACAAAAUUAAACCGUGUAUUGUAAGUAUAUAAACUGUAUA